AUGUUAUUAGACGAAACACUCGAUCACUACGAAUUAUCUUGCGAACUUGGUAAAGGUGGUUUUGCCACUGUUUAUGAAGCACGUAGAAAAGCCGAUGGCCUUCUUGUGGCUUGUAAAAUGAUUGAUAGAAAAAAACUUGAACAAGCAAAUGCACAUCAUUACCCAUCGUAUGGAAAUCAUCGUCAUGUAUUACCUAGUUCACGUUCAACGGCUAUGUUUGAAAGAUUAAAUGCUGAAAUAACUAUUCAUCAUCAAGUUAAGCAUCGUAACAUAGUUGAAUUAUUGAAUUAUUUUUAUGAUGACAAAUACGUUUAUUUAAUACUUGAACUUUGCUCUCAUGGUGAUCUGGAACGAUAUUUAAAAGAAAAGAAGACACUAAGUGAAUCUGAGACCCAAACUAUUGUUAAACAAGUUGUUGACGGUCUUUUAUAUUUACAUAAUCAUGGAAUUAUACAUCGAGAUAUAAAACUUUCAAAUCUACUGUUAAGUGAAACGUUCGAAGUGAAAAUAGCUGAUUUUGGUUUAGCAAAAAAAAUCCCACUAACACGUGAACAAACUAAUGAAACAAUAUGUGGUACACCAAAUUAUAUAUCUCCAGAAAUUGCAAGUCGCACCCCGCAUAGUUUUGCAACAGAUGUGUGGUCAUUAGGAAUUCUUAUUGUAACCCUAUUAACUGGACAUCCACCAUUUGAUACAGACACUGUUCACGGAACAUUAAAUAAAGUAACACAUGAAAUAUAUGAAUUACCAACAACAUUUAGUGAAGAAGCUCAGGAUCUUAUUAAUAGUACAUUAAAAAAAAACGCUGAACUACGACCAAAUAUAAUAGAAAUUCGAGAUCAUCCUUUUUUUUCGAAAGAUUUUUCACGUUCAUCACAAUCGAAUAAUUUUAAAUUCGCAUCAUGGGGUCCAGCAGCUGAUAGAUCUCAUGACAGUGGCUUUGUUGAAACUAUUGGACAACAACGUUCAACGAUUAACACUGACUUGAACAGUACGUCAAUGUCAAAAGGAGCCUACAGUUCUCGUCUAUAUUCACCGAAUCCGGUAUCUUCUCCACCUGUAUCGAACCCUAACGAACCCGUAUAUAGAAAUACACCUGCUCGAAAUAAAACAUAUGAAUAUUAUCUUACUCAUCAUUCUCAACAGCAACCAAUUUUUAAUGGACAAAGUCCAUCUUUUGAUGUAUCUUCAAGAUAUAUUGAUAGUAAUAAUUAUAAUGGAACAAUGAAUUUAAUGGAUCAUCGUCCAACAAGUGCAACAUCAUCAGUACGAUCUCAAGAUAGCGGUGUUGCACAAUCCGAUCCUAAAACUUCCAUUGAUUGUAGUGCAAAAUCAGAAUCAAGUCCAAAAGUAUCCCUCCAUAAUAGUAAUAAUCAUCAUUUAUCAAAUAAUAAUCCACUAAUCGGACGUCACACGUCAACAUCAGAAAUAAAUCAAAAUUUAUUAAUUUCACAAUCUGAACAAGCUUUUAAUACGAACACAGAACAAUUACGUGAAAAACUUUCACCACUAAAUACUCAACGAUUGAAAAUACAUCGUCAAGCAACAAAAUCAUUUAUCAUGAGUAUCAUGGAAAAUGGUGAAGUUAUACUUGAAAGCAUACGUACAAAAGGUACAAAACGUCGCAUAGUUGAUGUAUUUCGUGUAUCACAUGACGGUAUACAUAUAAUAACUUAUUCACCAAACAGUCGUCAUGGCUCACCAGCAUGUGAUCAUCCUCCACCAAUUCCACGUGAUAAAAAUGCCUAUCAUGAAUAUCAUUUUGAUAGAUUACCGUCUGAAUAUUGGAAAAAAUAUCAAUAUGCUCAUAAAUUUGUUACAUUAGUUCGAUCACGUAGUGCUAAAAUAAUUCUCUAUACACCUGAUGCUAAAUGUUCAUUAAUGGAAACAGGUGUAGAUUUCGAAGCUGUUUUUCUAUGUGGUGUCAAAAUAACAAUAUUUCGAGAAAAUUUCAAACCUGAUGAUCCAUUAAAAAUAAAAAUUUUAAACAAUAAUGAUAAAUCAGAAUCACUAUUAGAAUAUGAACGUGUUGCAGCGCCAAAUAUAUCUGCAAUUGAACAUUUCAGUCCAGAAUUACGUCAAAUGAUUGAUAAUGCAAUUCUAUGUUACAAAUUUUGUUUAUCAAAAGAUAAAGUUCUUGAAGAUAGUCAAAAACAAUUUCCAUCAAUUCCUGUUUUUCCUGUUCAAUUUGGAAAAAAACAUACACAACCAGAUUUGAAUAGGCCAAGUACUCCAUCGUCUAUUGGUCGAACUGGAUUAAGUAGAUUUGGUGGGUCAUCAUCAACUAUCAAUCAAUCUCAUGUGGCACCUUCAUCAUCACUUGGUACAUCUUCACCAAUACUAUCAACUCGAUCUGAAUUUGCUUCGGAAAAUGAUGUUCGCAAAGUGAAAAUGCCUUCUCAUACAUAUUCUGCACCAUCAUCAACAAACCUUACACGUAAUAAUAUUCAACAUUCAAGUUCAUCAUCAACAUUACGUUCGUCUGAUUAUCAUCAUCAAGUAACUUAUAUGCCUCAAUCAACUGCUCCAGUAACAGCUUAUCCUCGUUCACAAUCAGUUCAUCCGUCACCAUUUUAUACACCAGAUACAUUAUCUAGUUCGUCGUUUUCUACUCGUCCAUCAUCAACAGUCAUGAAUAACAGUUCCAUAUCAAUAGCAUCACUUAAUUCAACAGCAAAUGUUGGAACGACAGGAAAAGUUAUGGAAGCAAAUACAGCUCCGUUAACUCGAAAAUCAAUUACUGAAUAUUCAAAUCGAACAUUUCGCGUUGUAUUUAGUGACGAUAGUGUUAUGAUUAUUCGUGAUGAUUCUCCUGAUGGACAAAUAUUUAUUGAUCCACAAGGUAAAUCUUAUUCUUUUGAUCGACGACAGCCACAUCAACCAGAAGCAAUACAAGAGCGCUUAGCACUCUUCUAUCAAAAUGAACACGAUUUAGUUAGCUAUUCGAAUUCUCAAUAA